AUGAAGCCUCAAGCACUUCUUGCGUAUGGCGCUGUGGCUCUCGCCCAGCAAGUCUACGUCCCUGCUGAAGGGCCUGUCUCGCGACCGCAAUGCUCGGCAAAUCAAACAUAUGCGACUGCACUGCCCUCGUAUACCUUCAGAGAGUUCAGCUUCACACAGACCGAGACUGUUCGUACAGCAACAUCUGCCCCAGCUCCCACUACCACUACUACCUAUGCACCACCGUACGCGUCGCUCAGUAGCUUGGUGCCAAAUCUGACGACAACACAAUGGGGCAACUGGAACUCAAAUGUCACCGCAUCACCGACCGACUUGGGGAAUCCAUACGGAAACGCAUCCUGGACAGCUCUCUGGACGACCGUGCCAUGGGUCAACUUCACGACCGGGAUGUACUCUACAACAGUUGAACCGACGCCAGUACCGACCAGCGAGCUCAUUCUGCCACCACCUGAGCCACUGGUACCCCAGCAAUGCUACUCCUUCCCUGCAGACUUCAUGCUUGGCGUGGCGGCAUCAGCUGUCCAAAUCGAGGGAGCCGUCGCAGAUGAGGGACGGACACCCGUUCACAACGACGUUGCUGCCUUGAACAACCCGGGCCAAGCGCCGAACUGGAUCGCGAACGAACACUACUACUUGUACAAGCAAGACAUUGAACGAAUUGCUGCCAUGGGCAUCAAGUAUUACAGAUUCUCCAUUCCUUGGACUCGAAUUCUGCCGUUCAUCUUACCAGGCACACCAGUUAACAAGCAAGGUCUCUCGCACUACGACGAUCUUAUCAACUUCGUCCUGGAAAAAGGCAUGCAUCCCGCUGUUAUGCUUUACCACAACGACUCUCCUUUCCAGUAUUUCAACAACAUCAGCGAUGUCUUUAUCAAGCCCGGAACUGGAGGUAUUGGCUACCUGGACUCUUGUUUCCAAUGCAGCUACAAGAAUGUGUCGUGGGAGGAUGCUUUCGUCGAAUACGGGAAGAUUGUCAUGACACAUUUUGCUGACCGUGUUCCAAUCUGGUGGACCUUCAAUGAGCCUCUCCUGGGUGCGCGGAACGGAAAGUCUAUUGAUGCUGUCAUCAAAGCUCAUGCGAGACUCUACCACUUCUACCACGAUGACAUUGGCGGAACUGGAAAGAUGUCGCUCACAUUCAACGACAACUUUGGCGUCCCACGCAACCCGGAUGACCCCGCUGACGUCGACGCUGCCAACCACUUCAACUCCUUCCAGCUAGCUACCUUUGCCAACCCUAUCUUCCUCGGAACAGACUACCCGGAAUCAUUCAAGAGUAGUGUUGACGACUACGUACCAUUGAGCCAAGAAGAUCUACAAUACAUCAACGGUACUGCGGACUUCUUCUCGAUCCAACCGUACACUGCCACAGUAGUCAGUCCACCGCCGAAUGACACCAUCGCGGACUGCGCUGCCAACAUCACUCAUCCCCUCCGACCUUACUGUGUAACUCAGAGCACUCUCACCACCACUGGCUGGGACAUCGGAUACCGCAGUCAAUCAUAUGUCUAUCUGACACCCAGCUAUUUCCGCACCUACCUGAAUUAUCUCUGGAACACAUGGCGUUCUCCAGUGGCUGUCACUGAAUUCGGCUUCCCUGUCUUCGCCGAGGCGCAAAAAGAGCAAGCAGAUCAGGAGUUCGACAGCCCAAGAAGCUGGUACUACCAGACGUAUCUGAAUGAAGGCCUGAAGGCGAUCUGGGAAGACGGUGUCAAUUUCAUCGGCGCGUUUGCUUGGUCGUGGGCCGACAACUGGGAGUUUGGUGACUAUGACCAGCAGUUUGGUAUCCAGACUGUCAAUCGUACGACACAAGUGCGAAGGUAUAAGAAGAGUUUCUUCGACUACGUGGACUUUAUCGAGAGUAGGAGACAGGCGGCGUAG